UCAGGUGUUUUCAAGUGUCUGUCUUUAGGGACCACUAAUCAGACAUGUCGAUAUCCAGAGCCAAAUUAUUACGCCAGGUCUACCCAUUCAAACCCCCUUCUACAUCUAUCGAUCACCUCGUCAUUGGCGGCGGUGUCAUAGGUCUCAGUGUAGCCGCUGCCCUCGUCAACAAGGGAGGAAAAGAUAGGACAACAUUUCUGGUAGAGCGCCACGGUCAACUUGGACAGGAAACGACCGCGAGAAACUCAGAGGUCAUUCACUCAGGCAUCUACUAUCCUUUAGGAAGUAUAAAGUCAAGACUAUGCAUACAAGGGAGGGACAUGCUCUACAGACGGUGUGAGCAAUUCGACAUUGGGCAUAAACGUACUGGAAAAAUCGUUGUCGCCACAUCCAACUCCCAAAUACCCUAUCUUCAAAAGCUUCAAGCACAUUCCAUCCACCCCUCAUUCCUGACAACUCCCGGCGACCCUUCCUCUUCACGCAUCGCUACUCGAUUCCUUUGCGGUAACGAGGCUCGAGAGCUUGAGCCUGACCUUUCUCCAAGAGUAUGUGGGGCCUUGCUCAUUCCUUCGACAGGUAUCGUGGAUUCACAGGGUCUGGUAGACAGCUUGGAAAGAGAAGUUGAAGAUCCUGAUUACAAUCCUUCGGCAUCUCGAGAAGAAGAUAGGGGAGAAGGUGUCAUCGUACUCGGGACGAGAGUUGUUCGAAUUGAUCGAGAGGAGUCUGGCAGUGGAUGGGUCAUACAGAUGGAGACUGGCUGGGAAGGUCUCGAGGAAGGAGAAAAGGGAGAGGUAGAGAGUGUCCGCGCGAAUGUGGUGGUGAAUGCCGCGGGACUUGGAUCAGUCAGUCUGUGUGAGGGCGUUGUAUCCAAAGCUGAGCUGGCAGAAUUAUGGCCUGUCAAGGGCAAUUAUAUGUCUUACAAGGGACCUGGCAUUGGCAAUGUCUCAAGACUGAUUUACCCUUGUCCAAGCGUCAACGUCGACCACCUGGGUACUCAUCUAACGCUUGACCUCGACGGUAACAUCAAAUUCGGUCCUGAUGUCCAAACGAUUGGAACUUCUGCUGAUGCCGCUCGGGACCCAGAUUUUUGGCAGUCGCAUCUCGCGCCCGCUUCUUCACCAGAGCGCAUAGCAGCUUUUGCUCGCUCAGUCCAGGACUAUCUUCCCACUAUCGACCCCUCCUUACUUUCGCCCGACUAUGCUGGCAUUCGACCGAACAUUGCACCGCCCGAAGCUGGGUUCUCAGACUUUCUCAUUCGCCAUGCGGAACAAAGGAAGGGUUUCAUCGAGCUGUUGGGUUUCAAUAGCCCGGGGUUGACUAGUAGUCUGGCAGUGGGCGAGGUGGUAGGGGAAAUGGUAGGCAGACAAGUGUGGAACAAGAAGGAUUAGAUUGAUAUACGUUUGUGAUAAGCGGUACCAUUCGCGUCGAUACAAUCAGCACACGGUAACGCUCAUACAGCGACAAACUCAGACUCUAUGACUAUGUAGAAUCGAUUACCAUUUACUAUGGUUUCCGGCACUUCCUAUAUAUAUCUUUUAUUAUAAUGUCGCAAUGGAACGCUAUAUGAUGUGCA